GCACUUUGGAGAAAAAAUAAUCUGAACAACGACAAUAUUCAUUUUCUUCAGUCCAGUCUUUCUCUAUGAGAUUAAGACAAAAAUAAAUUGAUCACAAAAUUCUUCUUUCUUCUAAAUUGAAAUUCCAUACAGUUGUUUGCUAAUUUUUGGAAAAGAAAUUUCUUGAAUUAAAAAUAAAAAAAUAAAAAAAAAUAAAUUAUGAAUCGAUGGAUUGGAAAAGUAGCUGUUGUGACGGGAGCUUCGUCUGGAAUUGGCUUAGCGACAUCGCAAUAUUUGGUGAAAGAAGGAAUGAUUGUCGUUGGACUUGCAAGAAGAAAAGGAAAAAUGGAGGACGAAAUGAAAUUAUUUAAAGGAAAGGGAAAAUUUAUAGCCAAAGAAUGUGACGUUUCAAAUGAGACACAAAUUGCAGAAACUUUUAAAUGGAUACAUCGCACUUUAGGCGGAGUUCAUGUGCUUAUAAAUAAUGCUGGACUUAUGACUUCAUCAACUAUGUUUGAAGCGAAAAGAGAAGUAAUGAGUAAAAUAGUUAACGUCAAUAUAAUGGGAUUGUUGUACUGCACGUUGGAGGCUGUGAAAAUAAUGAAAGAAUUGGGAACAGAAGGUCACAUUAUUAACAUAAACAGCAUUGUAGGACACAGAGUUCUGAGGAAUAAAGAAUUGGCUUUUAAUGUUUAUCCCGCGUCAAAACAUGCUGUCACUGCAUUAACAACAACAAUGGAAGUAGAAUUAUUGGGUUCAAAAAUAAGAUGUACAAGCGUCAGUCCAGGUUUAGUUAAAACUGAAGUUUUUGAAGCCAAUUCCAGCGAAGAAAAAAAUAUAUCUGGAGCUUUAGAUAAAUUACCAAAUUUAUUACCAGAAGAUGUUGCUGACUCAAUUGUUUAUAUUCUGGGCACAAAUCCCCGCGUUCAAAUAACUGAAUUAACAAUCAGACCUCUUGGCGAAGUGUUUUAAUAUUUAUUUCUAAUUUAAAAAAAUUUUUUUUAUUUCUUCUAAACUUGAAGAAUUUAUAUUUAACGCUUAAUAAAAAGGUAGUAAAAAAAUAAUGUUAGUAAAUGGGUUAUAAAUAAUA